CUGACUUGACCGCCGUCCGUCAGUGACGUCACGAAGACUGCCUCGGGACUCCGGCGGGUGCACGUCCGCUCGUCUUCGCACGCGCGCGCGACAGGAAGUCAUGCAGGAGAAGGUUUGUUCAGAAGGUUCCGGUUCUUUCCACGACGGGGGGCUGUAUUUACGCAGCCCCGACGCCCUCCACGCCCACCCGGAGUACCCGCACGAGUACGGCGGCUUCAGCAUCACAGGCGAGCUCCCGGCGGACCGCGGGGGGCGGCGCCCGACGGCCGCCGGGCGGGGUCCUCACGUGCGCUCGCUGAGCGACGGCAGGGAAGCCGCCCACUUCCUGAUGUCCAGGAGGAGGACCCAGAGCGUGGGGGUGGGCACGGAGGACGGACGGAACGCCGGCGGCGCCCCGCAGGACGCGACCCCGGACGAGGUGCGACGUCGUCGCCCGGUUUUCCCUCUGGACCCGGACCUCCACGCAGACCCGGACCUGAACGCAGAGCCGCCCGGGGGUGGCUGUCUUUCGGGGACGGACGCCGCCCCGUCUUCCUCGGCGGCCGUUUGCCCUCGCGGUCCGGGCGACGUCCUGCGGCGGCGGCUGGCCCGCGUCCGGACGGAGCUGGCGCGGGCCGACUCGCAGCUGCUGUGCGAGCGCGCCCGCUCGCAGCGUCUGACCCGCCAGAGGCAGGAAGUGGCGGAGAAGGAGCGCUCGUUGAGUCGGCAGGUGGACGUCGCCGUCGCCGUCAUCGCUGCCCUCAAGCAGCAGAUCAACGCCUCUGAAAACGAACUCGAGCAGCGGGAGAGGCAGGUCUUGACCAUCCAGAACUUUCUGGAAGCGGCCGCGCGCCAAGAGACCAGCGGAAAAGUCCGAAUCCAGUUCUUCAUCGAGAACCUCCUCAGACGCAUCGCGCAGGCCGAGACCCUCUUGGAGAACUACCAGCCGCAGCAGACGCCGACCGGUCGCAGCAAACCUCUCAGGAUGGCCAAAAGCAGGUCGGCGGGAUGUCAGCUGUCGUCCGGUCUCCACGGCAACACGACCCCGUCGUCGGGGGAGCAGCGCGAUCGCGAGCAGCGCGAACGCCUGGCGCGCGCCUCGCGCCUCUUCUGCCGACCCGAACGCCGAGACGACAUCUGGAACCAGCGGCAGCGCUCGGCGGGCUACGAGGCGUGACGUGACGUUGCGUCGUCACAAGGGGGCGCUCUCCAAAUCCGUGAAAUCAUUUCUUUGCCUGCGGGGGGCUGAAAGAAAUGUGAAUUCAAAUUCAAAUAAUACUAGUUUAAGUAUUUUUCAUAUUUUCAUCAAACAAGUUCUUUCAAUUUUACGAUGCCAAAUUAUUAGUUUUAUUAAUAAUGAUAGGUCAAGUAAAAGGAGUGAUACCUAAAAUAUGACAAUUAGUCAUCAUUUCAUAAAAUAACAUUGAAUACCAAAAUAUACUUUAAAUGUAUAUAAAAAAAAUAUUUGUUUUUGUUUUAUUAUUUAUAUUUAAUGGAUACAUAAAAAUGUAAACAAAUAAUAAUAAAUAACAUGUAGUAUAAUAAUGAAUAAAAUUUAGUUAUUAGUUAAGUAACUUAAUUUUAUUUUAAAAAUUUUCAUUUAAUUUAUUUUUAUAUUUUAUUGAUUUAUUAGUUAGUAAAACAUUUAUAAAAAGAAGCAUAAUUGACCAGUUUGUUCAUAAAUUGUUCAAUGUUGAAUGUAAAAUUUAAUUUUUAGUGUUAAUUACGUUAAAUGAUUUAAUGAAAUAAAUACAAAUGAGCAAUGACGCAAUUUGGAAAUUAAAAAAAAAAUGUAAACGCAGCAGCGCCAUUGCAGGAUUAGGAUGGAGCCCCCACGGCCGCAGGCCCCGCCCCCUAUCCGCCGCCUGCCCCUUCAUUUCAUAAAGUAGUUCUAUUUAUCUAUAAAAAUGUCUUUAAUGUGACUUCUUAGUAAGAAUAUGAAUAUUCGUGAGGACUCAAAAUUAAUAUUCGUUUUUAUCUACUUACGACGACAGUAUUGUGACACUGACGUGUGUGUGUGUGUGUGUGCAUUUCAAUGGACUUAAUUGUGUUUUGCUGUAAUUUAUUAUUUUUUUUUGCAUUGGAUUAUUUGUUACCGGACACAAAACCCAAUCGAGGUUUUCCCUUUUGUGUAGUUUGUGAAUAUCAAAAACAGACUGAAUGUAAGCUAAUUUUGAUUGCUGCAGUUAGGUUUUAACAAAAGAAUGCGACAUUUUUUCAUUUUUUUUAAAAUUUUUGCACUCGGGCUGGUUUUUGGGAAGUCGCCACGUCACACGUGUUGUUUCCCGAUUUUUCACUUUCACUUUUUCUCGUCGAUUGCUGUUGACUCAGUCCGCACGUAGCGCGAGCCACUCCUUCUAGAACGUUCCAAGUGCGCGCGAGCGGCCGACAAGAACGUGACAAUCGGGGCUUUGCGGGUCAAAGGUCAAACAGAAAUAUUGUCGUUUGUGCACUCAGACGUCAGUAAACGUCACGUUGGCAGUCGUGCGAAUCCACCAAAAGUGUCGAGGCUGCGCGCUAAUAAAAUUAAUUUUGCAGAUAGAGGAGAUAAAAGGGCUGGGCAAAUUUGGAAUUAUUUUUUAAAAGCCAGCGUAGGUUAAUCCAAGUUUUCAGUAAAUAUGAAUUUAAUCUUCAUGGUUUCUUCUUUAAAUCAAUAACUUGCUAGCAUAAAAAAUAAAAUAAAAUCGGAUCUGGCAAAAGUUUUUUGUCAGUUUGGUCAAUUGAGCGUUUUUCAAAUUUUUGCUCCUUCCAUUAUGCUUUGUAAUAAUGUCAAUUUAAAACACUUUAUAAUUAAUUAUUAUGGUCAAUUAUGCUCCUCCCGCCACAAUAAAAAAUAAAAAAAAAUCACUGGAAUGUCAAAAAUAUUUUGGUCACUUUUUGAAACUGAAACUCACUUUAGCUACGUCAACAAAUAGUUUUGUUUUUUUUUUGCAUUCAUGUAAAGAUUUUCAGAAAUCUAUGGUCAAAUUGCUUUAAAUAAAAUUGUGCACUUUGAUUUUAAAAGAUAUAUAGAAA